UAACCAGGCCAGAUUGCGCAGUUCACUCAAACAUAAAACUAGUAAGAGACCUCUUGUAAACGCGCAUUCUGCUGCUGUGCUACGUUGAGUCUGAUCAUGAGAAGAUCUUCUGUACUGUUCCUGAGUAUAAUAGCUGCACUGACUUUUCAUUGCAGAGUGAAAGCAAAUGAUGGACCUGUCUUAGAAACCACAUUAGGAUCCCUGAAAGGGUCGUAUCUUACUGCGGAAGGAAAGGAAACACUGAUUCAUACCUACCUGGGCAUUCCGUUCGCCAAGCCACCUGUGGGCCCAUUAAGAUUGGCUCCGCCCCAACCGGCAGAAACAUGGGCUGGAGUGAGAGAUGCCACAAAACAGCCACCCAUGUGUCUACAGGAGAAGCAGGCACUUGUGGAUUUGUUAGCGAAUGUUUCUAUGAGUAUGGAGAUUCCUGAGGUAUCAGAAGACUGCCUGUACCUCAACAUUUACACCCCAUCUAAACCUGGAGACAAUACCAAGUUGCCUGUUAUGGUUUUUAUCCAUGGUGGAGGAUUCCUUCUGGGUUCUGCGUCGAUCUCCGACGGACACGUUCUGGCUGCUUAUCAGGAUGUAGUAGUGGUCUUAAUUCAAUACAGGCUCGGCUUACUUGGAUUUUUGAGCACAGGAGAUGAGCACGCACCAGGGAACUACGGUCUUCUGGAUCAGGUGGCUGCGCUUCAGUGGGUCCAGGAGAACAUCCACAGCUUCGGUGGAGAUCCUGGAUUAGUGACUAUAUUUGGAGAGUCUGCUGGUGGAGUCAGUGUGUCCCUACAUGUCCUUUCACCGUUGUCUACAAACCUCUUCCAUUAUGCCAUCGCAGAGAGUGGCACUGCGGCAAUGGAUGCUAUCAUGACCCCAGCCCCCCUGUUAACAGCCCAGGCUAUAGCCAAUGCAUCAGGCUGUGAUGUUUCCAGCACAAAGAAGAUUGUUGACUGCAUCAUGGAAUUGUCAGAAGAAGAGAUCUUGAGGAUAACUCAUGAUAAUCCAUUGUUCCGUUUUGGGGUGGCAACAGAUGGCCAGUUUCUUCCAAAAUCUCCUGAUGAGAUUCUUCAAUCCCACAAGUUCAACAAAGUGCCUCUGAUUACUGGAGUUACUAAUGAUGAAUGUGGCUAUCUGCUGCCAAAUUUCAUGGCAGGUCCAGGAUGGAUCGAUGGCAUGGACAGAGAGCCGAUCAUGCAGCUUUUGCCAAUGUUUAAUCCUGAUCUUUACGAUCCAUUUCUUGGUGAUAUUGUGUUAAAUGAGUAUAUGGGCACAACCAAUGACAGGAUUAAAAUCAGAGAUGGUUUCCGAGAGAUGUUAGGCGACUUGUUUUUUAACAUCCCAGCUCGCAGAACAGCAAAUUAUCACAGAGAUUCUGGUGCACCAGUAUACAUGUAUGAAUUCCAGCAUCCUCCCAGUAUACUUCAAAAGAGAAGACCCAGUUUUACUGGCGUUGACCAUGGAGAUGAACUUUUAUUUGUCUUUGGUUCCUGUUUUGGAAAUGGACAUAUAAAACUGGAAGAAAAACUCACAGAGGAAGAAAGUGAACUUUGUGAAACACUCAUGGCUUAUUGGGGAAACUUUGCUCGCACUGGGUCUCCUAAUGGUCCGGGUCUCACAGCAUGGCCUGAAUAUAAAGCUGAGGCUGAAUAUCUCGGCAUUGGACUGCAACAGAAGCCUGACAAAAACUUUAAAGAUAAACAUUUUACUUUCAUGACCCAAAAACUUCAACCAAUCAUAAAAGAACGAAAGGAAGGACCUGUAGUUCAUACCAAAUUAGGAUCUCUAAGAGGCUCCCUCCAGUCCGUGAAGGGUAAGGAGACAAUCGUGCGUUCCUAUCUAGGUGUACCGUUUGCUAAGCCACCUGUUGGGCCGCUCCGACUGGCCCGACCCCAACCUGCAGAACCAUGGCAGGGAGUGAGAGACGCCACACAACAACCACCAAUAUGUAUUCAGGACAGGGAAGGACUUGUAAAUGAACUAGGGUUUUUCGCUAUGAGCCUGGACGUUCCUGAAGCCUCUGAAGACUGCUUGUAUGUCAACGUUUAUACUCCAUCCAAACCUGGUCAAGAUACCAAGUUACCAGUUAUGGUUUGGAUUCACGGCGGAGGCUUUAGUUUAGGUUCAGCCUCACUGUACGAAGGCUCGGUUCUGUCAGCGUAUCAGAAUGUGGUUGUGGUGCUGAUUCAGUACAGAUUGGGUCUGUUGGGAUUCUUAAGCACAGGAGAUGAGCACGCACCAGGAAACUACGGUCUUCUGGAUCAGGUGGUUGCGCUUCAGUGGGUCCAGGAGAACAUCCACAGCUUCGGUGGAGAUCCUGGAUCAGUGACUAUCUUUGGAGAGUCUGCGGGAGGAAUAAGUGUUCAUUUGCUGAUGCUUUCCCCAUUGUCCUCUGGUUUGUUUCAUCGUGCCAUAGCACAAAGUGGGACCGCCUUGUGGCACGGCCUCGAGACGACCAAUCCUUUACCGUCAGCUCAGGAUGUCGCCAGAUCAUCAAACUGUGACAGCAGUGAUUCAGCAGGCAUUGUGGACUGCAUCAUGCGCUGGUCAAAAGAAGAAGUUGAGAAAUACUCCAAUCAGUACAAAAUGCUGCACUUCAGAAUGGCCGUGGAUUCAUAUUUUCUGCCUCGUCCUUUAAAGGAGAUCAUUGAGAAACAAGAGUUCAGUAAAGUUCCUCUUAUUACGGGCAUUACUAAUGAUGAAUUUGGCUUUUUAUUGCCCGUGUACUUUGAGGGUCCAGAUGUAAUUAAGGGAAUGACUAAAGAACAAGCCACCGAAGCGUUGAAUUUUGCGUAUCCUGAUCCUGAGGAUCGAUGGAUCCGUGAACUGGUGGCAAACAAGUACAUAGGCGACACCACCGACCCCAUACAAAUUCGAGACAUUUAUAGAGAGAUGAUGGGAGACGUGCUGUUUAAUAUCCCUGCUAUCAAACUGGCAAAAUACCAUAAAGCCUCUGGAACCCCUGUAUACCUGUACGAGUUUCAGCAAACUCCGAGUGUGAUCAAGAAUAAAAGACCCAGCUUUGUUGGCGUCGACCAUGCAGAUGAACUUCUCUUCAUUCAGGGUAGCUGCUUCACGAAAGCCCACAUUAAGAUAACCGCCCCAUUUACCCAAGAAGAUGAAGAACUAUGCAGAACGGUGAUGGCGUACUGGGGAAACUUUGCUCACACUGGGUCUCCUAAUGGUCCGGGUCUGGCAGCUUGGCCUGAAUACGGAGCUGCGGGUGAACAUCUCGGCAUUGGACUCCAACAGAAACCGGGGAAAAACCUGAAGGAAAAACACUUCAGUUUUCUGACCGAAACGCUUCCGGAGCUUGUGCGUCUCGGUCGAGAGAAAAGAGAGCAUUUGGAGCUGUAAACUCGUUCUGUUAAGAGGGACACAAGGCACUUAAAAACAACAUUGCAAAAAAUGAUUUUCAAGAAAAAAAUUCUUAGUAUUUUUGUCUUGUUUUCAGUAAAAAUAUAUAAAAAUUCUUAAAAGAUGCUGCUUUUUCUUGAUGAGCAAAAAGACCAAAGAAAAUAAGUUUAGUUUUUAGACCAAAAAUAUUAAACUUAAAUGAUUUUGUGCAUUAAACAAGCAAAAAAAUAUAUAUUUUUUUAAUUUAGUGUUUAAGAAAAAAUUUCAAGAUUUGUUUGCUUACCCCAAUGGCAGAUUUUUUUUUGCUUGUUUUAUGCACAAAAUCACUCCAAUUUGAUGCUUUUUCUUGCCAAAAAUAUCUAAAUUUAAGAAUUUUUAGAUAUUUUACUGAAAACAAAAAUACUAAGAUUUUUUUUCUUGAAAAUAAUUUUUUGCAGUGAAGGCACUGUUAGAUAUUUAGGAGGAGACACUAAAUAUAAGAAUAAAAAGUAAUGAGCCAAAUGUGAUUUAAAUCUUUUGAAUAGUUUGCAAUGUAAAGGGACAACAACAUAAGAAGGGAAAUAUUUACAUUGUAUGCAGGCUACAGUAUAUCUUGAUAUCAGUUUGUGGUUUGGUUUAGGAAGUGUUUUUUUAACAAACUAGAUCCAACUUACAAAUUCAUGAUUUCAGAUUUUAUCAACUGAUAUACUAAAAAUGUACUUAAAAAUGACCAAUUGACCUUGUGAACAAAUCUGUUUUGCACUUAAAAAUAAAACACAGGGUCAGAAAACA